AUGAACGGCCACGCAAUGAACGGCAACAGCCACACCUUCGACGUCAUUAUUGUCGGCGCAGGCAUCUCCGGCAUCAACGCCGCCUACCGCGUCCAAGACCAACUCCCUGGCACCUGCUACGCCCUCCUCGAAGCCCGCGACGACCUCGGCGGCACCUGGGAUUUAUUCAAGUACCCGGGUAUUCGCUCCGACAGCGAUCUGUUUACCUUCGGCUUCGCAUUCAACCCCUGGAACAGAAGCAAUCCAAUCGCAGAGGGUUCCGCCAUCAAGUCGUAUGUCCGCGAGACGGCUGAGAAAUUCGGUAUUGAUCGCAACAUUCGCUUCAGACAUAAACUGCAGUCCGCGGACUGGAGCUCUGACGAAAAUGUCUGGAACCUGAAUGUUGAUGCGGACGGUACGGCCACGACCUUCAAGGCCCGCUUCGUAAUUUUUGGCACUGGGUACUAUAAUUACCACAACCCCCUGCAAGCCAACAUCCCGCAUAUCGAAGACUUCCAGGGUAAAAUUGUGCACCCGCAAUUCUGGCCCGAAGAUUUGGAUUACACAGGCAAGAAAAUCGUGAUUAUCGGCUCCGGCGCUACGGCCAUUACGCUGCUUCCCAACCUCGCGGAGAAAGCCGAGCGCGUGACGAUGCUCCAGCGCUCACCCACAUACAUUCUCUCCCUCCCGAAUCGGAGUAGCUCCCGUUGGCUCGCCUACCUCCUCCCCUCAUCGCUGUACCAGAAAUUGCAGCGCUUCAUCUGGAUCUACACCUCCCGCAUCUUCUUCCUAUUCUGCCAGCGGUUCCCCGGUUUCGCGCGCUGGAUUCUAAAGCUGAAUGUCAGCCGUCAGCUGCCGUCGCACGUCUCGCACGAUCCCCACUUCAAACCGCGGUAUAACCCCUGGGACCAGCGACUGUGCGUGUGUCCGGAUGGGGAUUUCUUCCAGAGUUUGAGACGGGGGAAGGCGGAUGUUCGGACUGAUACUAUUAAGACGGUUACGAAGCGGGGAAUUACGUUAAAUUCGGGCGAAGAGCUCGAUGCGGAUAUCAUCAUCACUGCGACGGGGCUGCAGUUGCAGAUUGCGGGUGGCUCGAAGCUCUCCGUCGACGGAAAGAAAAUCGAGAUCGGAUCAAAGUACCUCUGGAACGGUGUUAUGUUGCAGGAUCUGCCAAAUGCGAGCUUUGUGAUUGGGUACACGAAUGCGUCGUGGACGCUUGGUGCUGAUGCCACUGCGCAGUUUAUUACGCGAUUGCUCAAAAGCAUGGAAGAGCGGAAGUUGGCUGCUGCCACGCCGCGCAUGAAGGAGGGUGAGGCGGAGAGUCUGGAGGAGCGGCCCCUGUUGAAUCUCAAUUCGACGUAUGUUACUGUUGCCUCGAAGCAUUUGCCGCUCGCUGCCGAUAAGGGGCCUUGGCAGCCGCGUGAUCAUUAUAUGAAGGAUAUCAAGUUUGCGGUUAAUGGGGAUUUGGAGACGGGAAUGGAGUAUGUGAGGGGAGAUGUGCAUUUGAGGGCAAAGAGUGAUUAG